UAUCUGUUAAAACUGCUUUUCCUACCAGAUUCUUGAUCCAGAUUUAUUCUAACCUAACGUAACAGGUCUCCUGCUGUUUUUAUUUGUUUUUAGAAUUAGCAACACAGGAAAAAUGCCGAAAUCUCCAUCAAGGACAUCAAAGAAAAAGAAAUAUAAUGCUCGUUUUCCACCGGCCAGAAUAAAGAAAAUUAUGCAAACAGAUGAGGAUGUUGGAAAAGUUGCUGCAGCAGUUCCUGUUAUUAUCUCACGAGCAUUGGAAAUGUUUAUUGAAUCUCUUAUUUUAGAAACAUCUAAAACAACAAUAGCAAAAAAUGCAAAGACCCUUUCUACUUCCCACAUAAAACAUACAAUACAUUCAAAUAAGCAGUUUGAUUUUCUUCGAGACGUUGUUGCCAAUGUAUCAGAUUACCAAGCAGAAGACAAUUGCGAAACUGCUGCCAGUGAUGGAGAUAUGAGCAUAAAGAAAGGACGAGGCCGGCCCAGAAAAACAAAAGACUCCUGUAAAAGCAAACAAACAGGGGAAUCAUCAAAAACAACGUCUGAUACGGAGGAAGAUGAGGAGGAAGAUGAUGAAGAUACAGAGACAGAUGAAGAAAGUGCUUCUGCCCAGGCAGCAUUUGGACACUCAAAUGAUAGGUUAAAAUCUGAAAUGCCAGCUACCUCUUCAGGCUCUGAUCAGUUGGUGAACAAUUCUGUCUUGCACAAUUUAAAUUCUGGCUACCCCCACCCUUUGAUCAGCCCAGCAUUAGCCAGUUUACACAAGCAACAGCAGCAGCUGCUACCACACCAGCAGUUCAAACAGCAGCUCUACCCUCCCCCUGUGCCAGCCUUCCCCUACCCUUCAUACGUUCCACCUGCUACUCUGGGAGCCAGCAACUACCCGCUUGUGCCCCCCUUCCCAAACACAUAUCCGCCCCUGGUGCCUUCAUCAGUCCCCCACCCUGGCCACCAGCACCCUGGCCACCUGGAGCAGCCCCAAGACAGCGUGCAGCAGCAGCCCAUCAACCUUUCCUACCAGUCGCGUGCCAUGGCAACAACAGCGGGAGACACAGACGACUACGACACGUGAGAGAGCUGUCUGGCUGCUUCACUGGAUGGCUGCGUGCUGUCACACAUUCUGUUCAAACUUUGGCUUGAAAUAAUGUUGCUUUAUUUUACUUCAUGUGUCUAAGACAGGUUCUAUGAGUCUAGUAAGAAAUCUAAGAUAGCUUCUGUCAGUCAAUAAGAAGAAAUCUAAGAUAGCUUCUCUCAGUCAAUAAGAAGAAAUCUAAGAUAGCGUCUCUCAGUCUUUAAGAAGAAAUGUAAGCGUUUUUUUUUUCUCUGUUCAUUGAGUCUGUAUCAAUGUACUUGACUGUAACUUGUCUAAUUUUGUCAGCUCCAAACUUGAUGUUUGACUCUAGUAAAGCUGUACAUUUUAUAAGCUCUUGUUGUUAGCACUACUGGCUGCUUGAGUGCUGGCAAGAAAAGAACCUGGUCGUGAAUGAAAUGAGUAACUUAUUUAAGUCCCCAUGUUACUGGGACUUGUUUGCUAAUACUGGUGUCUGAUAGUCAUAAAAAUAUUCAGUUUUAAAAUAAAGCUUAGUUGUAAUGAAGUGGGGGGGGGGGGGGGUUAACUUCUUUUGUCAAAUUUAGCAUCCUCAGUUGUUUUAGUUAAUGAAUUUUUUAAAUAAUAUGAAAUUGAACAUUGUGUAAUUAAACAUUGUGUAAUUGGAACAUAGUGUAAUAGGAACAUUGUGAAAUUGGAGCAUUGUGUAAUAUGAACACUGUAAUUGAACAGUGUGUAAUUGAACAUUGUGAAGUUGGAAUAUUGUGUAAUUGGAAUAUUGUGUAAUUGGACAUUGUUUAUUUUCUGCCCUUGUAAAGAUGUCUAGAGGUGUGUUUUAACCUAACUGCUGCUAAUUUUAUUGUCAGUCAAACUGCUAGUGUCCAUGUGAUAACUUGUUGUCCUCUGGUCAACCUUGCCCAUCUGAUGACCCCUCCCAUUGUUGAUUCAAUGUCAGCUAAUGCUGUCACACUAUGACAGAAACU